AUACGAGCUAAACACAAGAGACAUGUAUGAAAACGUUAGGCAGACACGAUGAAGAGCUUCAGUUUUUGUCUUCUGGUUUAUUUAACACUGACAACACAAAUAGCUGCGGAUAAAAAUAAGGCUAAACAAAAAAGAAGACCAGCGCCAAAAGUAACAUACGCCACAAUACCUAAACGACACACAACACAGAGAUCUUACCAGGAACUUACUAAAAGCACCACGGUUACCUACGCUAUAUUCAGCCACACACUUCAGACGCCAUUGUUUGUUUCUCCCAACAAGACUUUGAUAAGUGGCGGUACGUGGAUCAACGUCACAGGUCCAUUUGUCACCAACAGGAACGCUGUAUAUCUGGAUGUCAGCUCUGUACCUACAACCAAAACAUUAGAAUGUAACUCACCAGCUGAUACAACAGAAAUACUAUGUCGAUCUCCAAACCUUGCUGGGUCGAUCACACAAAACCUUUUCACCCCCAAAGGUUUUGUGACCUACCCUCUAGUCAUUCAGCCCGACGGUCAGGAGAACUACACCGUCACAUUCGAGAUCCACCCAAACCCCAGCUUUCACCAGCUCAUGGACCACGGGAUAAACGUUCUUCUGCUCAAUGACAUGUUCGUUACAUUUAUUUUAAGGGGCAAUAGAAUUCCCACAUGGAUGAAGAUGGAAGAUAUAAAAAUAGAAGUUGAAGAUUUGAACUGCGAAGUUCUUGAGACAAGCACAAGAGAAUUAAUUUGCAGUAGUCAGGAAGUCAACCUACACAACCAAAAGUAUAACCCUAACACUGAACAUGGGAGACAAUCACCGAAAUUGGUCACUGAAGCCCAGCUAAAUUCAGUUGCUGAUGGUACUACACAAGCACCUACCAAGGCACUAAAAAAACUCAGCGCUAAUUUAUCCAAAUUUCUAAACAACGAGACGUCGAAUGAAACGCUUUACGUGAAUGUUUCCAUCACACUGGGCAACUUCCAGGUGAACCACACGGUUACUCUACAUUGGCACCAGGUGAAUGUCAGCGACCCCAUGAUGGCUAUAUUUGCUGCUGUCGGCGGCUGUUCCUCCGCUGUUUUGUUAGCUGUUUGCUUGCUGGUCAUUCUGCGAGUAUCAAAGUCUAAAGCCAAGAAAGUUGUGUAUGGUCUUAACAUUGCCCGACAAGGUAGCGGGGAGAACGUGUUGCCUACCCUGAAGCAGGUACUGGAUACUGUCAUAGAGCCGGACAAGAAAGAUGACAUGGACAAGCUAAUCAUCAGUCUUGACCGCUUGACCGUGGGGCAGGCUAUAGGAGAAGGAAACUUUGGCCGUGUGUACGAAGGGAUAUUUGAUGACGGGAAUAUGACAUGUGGCUCUAAAGUUGCUCUAAAGACUCUCCAAGACCCAAUGUCCAGCAGCCAAGACUUGAAAUCGUUUGUCCAAGAAGCGUUGUUCAUGCGAAAAUUCAAGCACCCAAAUGUGCUGGGUCUAAUCGGCCUGUCGGAGAAGGAGCCAGGGAACCUGUACGUCGUGUUGCCUUUUAUGGACCGGGGAGAUCUGCUGACCUACAUCCGUGACAAUAGCAUGGUUUUGACGCUGCAUGACGUCAUUAAAUUUGGAGCCGACAUAGCAGACGGCAUGAACUACCUAAGUUCUUUGAAGUUUGUACAUCGCGAUCUAGCAGCUAGGAACUGUAUGCUGGACAGCUCGAAUCGUGUGAAGGUGGCCGACUUUGGUCUGUGUCGGGACAUCUAUGAGAAAGGCUACUACACCAGCGACAACAAGAAGCAACUGCCAAUUAGGUGGAUGGCUAUAGAGAGUAUAGAAAAGGGGGCUUACAGUACAAUGUCUGAUGUGUGGUCACUUGGUGUGGUUCUGUGGGAGAUGUUGACCCGAGGGAUGACCCCCUACCCUGGUGUUGACGGCUGGGACAUCAUCAACUUUUUACGACGUCGACGUCUGCCGGCCCCGUUCUUCUGCCCAGACGAGCUGUACAAGCUAAUGAUGUUCUGCUGGGCCAAAGACCCGCGUCUAAGACCCACGUUUAAAAAAAUCCGCCAAGAACUUUUGUCGUUUAUCGGAGCAGAAUCUACAACCACCAACUCCGUAACUGAUCACGCCGAAGGCUCUUCCGGUUCUGGCGAUAGAACAUCCGCUUUGGACAACAAUAUCUCCUUUCUAACAUUCAACCUAAACAAUGCACCAUUGCAACAAUCGGUUUCUUAUGUGAAUGAAAAGAGUUGUGAAAAUACUGAAACAAAACUUGAAGAUUCUGCGGGUAUAAAGGUCACAGGUUCAGAGGUCGAGUCAAAAGUCAAGGUCCUGGCGAACGUGUACAUCACGAUGCCAUUGUGCGCAUCCCAGAAAGAUGUCGAUCAAAGCAUGCAAGUGUCGUUUUAUCAACUGGUGGACAAUUACGAGCCUCCGCCAUCUUUUACACACUCGAAACAGGAAACCGGAAACGCAAUUUCGAAACCGGAUGCAGCAGACUCACAGGGUUGCAUCAGCACGGUGAACACCCCUGUUGUGGGUGCGGUACCCGUAGACCAGCCUUCCUACUUUAUUCUAGAGCCUGACGCGGGCGAGCAGUUAACGGAUGACGAAUCAGACAUGCUGAAUAAAUAGUCGCUCAAUUUUAAAUCAUCACAAACCUAUAUUUUAAAAGAAAUUUGAUUAUCUUUUUUUUUUAUCUGUGAAAAUUUCGUCUUGUAAUCACAAUAUUCUAAUAAUAGUUGUGUUCUAACUGAAAUUUUCUUGCAAAGUUAAAAAUAGGAAAAAAGAUCAUUAUUUGUUUUCAACCACUAGAACAAUUCCAUCAACUGUCUAUGAUCAUAUAUAUAUA